UGGCAAGCUGGUUCUCAGCCCUUCGUCUGAUCCUCUCCUCUCCACCGGGCUGACCACUACUAAAAUCGCCAAAGAAAAGACGUUUUCAGGUCCCUUCUUGUUAUUUCCACUGAGGAUUUUAAAAAACAAUUUCUUACAUCUUGUAAAAACUUGUUAUUUUUCAAGAAGCAAGCGGAGAGCUUAAUUGCCGAAGAAAAGUAAAGAGCUCUGGGUGCCCAGGGCGUCCGGAGCACUUCGGCCACUGUGCUGGCGGCUCAGCGCGCUUUCUCCCCGCGCCCCUGGGGAGCGCGGCGGCUAUUGUCAUGGUAAAUUUUACUGGCGGAGGGAGAAAGGAUUGAUCAUCAAUCAGAAAUGAGUUUGGGCCAUUUUAGGCCAUUUUCUUCCGAGAUUGGGACAGACUUAAUUUUCUCUAAAAUCACAGAGAAAUUGUUGGCUUGUCUAAGUGUGAGAUAAAAACCAUCUCCAGAGUGACGUGGGAGGGGUUUUACAAAGCAGAGAAAUGGACCCCAGUGGGGGCUUCCGCAGGAACCCAGAGUGCUCGGGGACUAUGCAGACUUGGAGACCUCCGCGCGAGAGCCCCCUCCGCUUCAGCGGCCCGGGCCGAAGCUAGAAGGACCCUGCAAGUCAGCCUGCAACCGCGUCCCCGCGCUGUUGCCUGGUCCCCGGAGCAGCGCUAGAACCGAAACGCGGAAGCCCCGCACCUGCACCCGCGCGCGCCAUGGCCCGGGCGAGAUGAGGACUCGAGAGCGCCCAGAGCCCCGCGCGCCCCCCGGGGCCCGUUACCUGUACCUGGAGGCCUUGCUGGAGGGAGGCGCUCCCUGGGGCUUCACUCUGAAAGGUGGCCUGGAGCGCGGAGAGCCAUUAAUCAUCUCCAAGAUUGAAGAAGGGGGCAAAGCUGAUUUGGUGAGCUCCAAACUGCGAGCUGGGGACGAGGUUGUGCACAUCAACGAGGUGGCACUGAGCAGCUCCCGGAGGGAGGCUGUGUCCCUGGUGAAAGGAUCCUACAAGACGCUCAGGCUGGUGGUGCGCAGAGACGUGUGUGCAGACUUGGGCCAUGCAAGUCCUGGUGAUUCCAGUGCAGAGCACCUCACCCCGGGCCCUCAGCACAGGAAAGUGUCGUGGUCAGGAGGGGUGAAACUUCGGCUGAAGCACAGGCGCAGCGAACCCGUGGGCCGCCCUCAUUCAUGGCACACAGCCAGAUUUGAGGAGCAUCCAUCAGAAGGCAGCAUGAUGCGGAUAUCUCAGGGCACAGUGGGUCCCCCCUGGCACCAAAGCUACCAUUCCAGCUCCUCGACAGGUGACUUCACUUAUGACCAUGCUUAUCUGAGGAGUAGUCUGGACCGGUGCAGCUCCCAGGGGAGCAUGGAGAGCCUAGAGCCCAGUGGGGGCUACCCACCUUGUCGUCUUCUGUCCCCUGCCAAGUCCACCAGCAGCAUUGACCAGCUCAGCCACCUCCAUAACAAGAGGGACUCAGCAUAUAGCUCCUUUUCCACCAGUUCUAGCAUCUUGGAAUACCCACCCCCUGGCAUCUCUGUUCGAGAGCGCUCAGGAUCCAUGGACACUAUCAUUGCCCGAGGCAGCCUCCUGGAAGGGAUGAAGCAAGCAGAUAUUCGCUAUGUCAAGACAGUCUAUGAUCCCCAGAGGGGAGUCUCAGCCGAGUAUGAGGUAAAUUCUUCAGCUGUGCUUCUCCAGGGUAGAGAGUCCCAAGUAUCAGCAGAUGGCCAGGGCUAUGACAAGUGGCAGAACAACCCUCAGGGCAAGAAUGCACCGUCCUCAUCCUGGAGCCAGCAGUGUCCCAGUUCUUUGGAGACUGCCACGGACAACCUUUCUCAUAGAAUGGGUGUGCCCCUACCGCCAGCACGGAGUGACAGUUAUGCAGCCUUUCGGCACCGGGAGCGGCCCAGCUCCUGGUCCAGCCUUGAUCAGAAACGGUUCGGCAGGCCUUCAGCACACUCUUCAGGCUCCCUGAAGGCACCCUUUGUUGAAGAACAGCUACACACUGUAUUGGAGAGGAGUCCGGAGAAUAGCCCACCAAUGAAGCCCAAGCAUAACUACACUCAGAAGGCCCAGCCUGGCCAGCCUCUGCUGCCCACUGGUAUCUACCCUGUACCUUCCCUGGAGCCACAUUUUGCCCAGGUGCCCCAGCCUUCUAUAAACAGUAAUGGAACACUUUAUCCUGCACUCGCCAAGGAAAGUGGAUACACAGCCCCACAGGAAGUCUGUAGCAGGAUAGCUGCCUUCGAUGAAAAUGGGAACCAGAAUGGAGUCAGCAGGCCUGGAUUUGCCUUUUACCAGCCCCUAGGACAUGACUCGUCCCCAGUGGAGAGGAAACCAGAAACUAUGGCCAAGUAUGUCCCCUACAAAGUCCAUUUUUCUUCAGUGCCUGAAAAUGAGGAGGAUUUCUCCCAGAACAACAGUCUCACACCUCUCCAAGGCAACAGCCCACAUCCCAGUGAGAGGAAGAAUGCUCCUAGCAACAAACUGUGUUCUAAUCAACACAACCUCAAAUCCUCUCAGGCUCAGGCCUGGCAGGUGGGUGAAGACAAAAGACCUUCCAGGUCUUUGGAACCCUGGGACCGUGAUUUCCAGGAAGACCACAAUGCCAACCUCUGGCAAAAGUUGGAGCGAGAAGGCAACUUUGGCAGGACCAAGUCAGCUUUCUCAUCUCUCCAGAACAUUCCAGAGAGCUUCAGAAGGCAAAGCAGUCUGGAGCUAGGAGGGGAAGCCCAGGUAGGUUCUUCCAGGUGGCCCACCUGUGCAGUCAACACCAAGGUAGAAGGCCCUGAGAAGAAAGAUAAUCACAGGGUCCACUCGGACAGGCCUGUUUCCCACACUCGGCGUGGUGAGAGAACCAGUGCAGCAACCUCUCUGUGCAGCUCAGACCAUAGGCGUGAUGAGCCUCCCAGCCCAGAACACCAGCCGACUUCUGGCCUGGGCAUAAGGAGACUCAGUUCGGGUAGCGCCUCGGGCCUUCAGGCCUUUCCCAGUGAGCAGUCCCGCACAUCAGUGCUGGAGAAGGUUUCCAGGAUUGAGCAGCGAGAGCACGGGGUUCACAGACCCCCAAGCGCAGGAAGCUCUGCUUUCGGCUAUCACUGUAUGCUCAGUGGAAUGGCCCCAACUACUGGUGCACCUGGGAGUGACUUCCUGGAGACCGAGGCCAAGCCAGGUGACCAUUUCUCAGAUCUCCCAGGUAAUGGUGAUGACACUGACAGGGAGCCUGAGUGGGAGGCAGGGGGGCGGCAGCCUCGUGGCCCAUGGCAGAAGGGACCAGCCGAGCCCACAGCCCCGCAGGGGAACGCCCUUCUGCCUCCCAGCCAGAGUGCUCUGCAGCUGCCCGGCACGGGCGCACCUGAGCCGCCCUGCAGUCGAGCCUACAGGGACAGCCUCAAGGACGCUCAGUCCCGCGUGUUGGGCGCCACCUCCUUUCGCCGCCGCGACCUCGGGCCCAGCGCUCCUGCACCCAAGAGGCCGGCGUCCGCGCACGAGGGUCUUCAGAGCAUGGGGGCCUGGGCAUCCCCACACAACCCCCGGGAGCGACGCAGCGCAGGCCCCGCUGAAGGGGAUCCUGCUGAGGGCUUCCUCGCGGAGGGCGUCCCUGCCAGGCCCACACCUGCUGCCCGCCGAGGUCCGCGCCGCCGCCUAGCACCAGAGCAGAAGGCACGUUCCUACUCAGAGCCGGGGCGCAUGCAUGAAGUGGGCAUUGGCGUGGGUGAGGCGGCGUUGCGCCCUGUGCGUGGCCCAUCCGGCCCAGAGCUGAAGCGGCUGCAGCAGAGCGCCCUUGCAGACUACGUAUGGCGCAAGACCCGAGCACGCCUGGGGCCCCCUGCAGAGGAUUCAGUGGGGGCUCCGCGAGAUCGAAGCAGCUCCUUCGCGGGCGGGCGCUUCCAGCAAGUGCACCCCCAGGUUCUCCGGACCCCAGGUGAGCUGCUUGGUGCAGCAGCAGCAUGUGGUAGGCGGAGGAGCACCCCAAAUGGGGACCACACCCUAGGAGGGCCACCCUCCCGUGGAGCUGCAGCUGCAAAGUCUGCAUCAGCCGAGGACCUGCUGGAGCGCUCAGAAGUCCAGGCGGUUCCUGUCCAUGCAAGGUCCAGGUCCUCACCCACCGCAGACAAGAGGUGCCAGGGUGCAUUCUUGGAGGAAGAUGGUGGCUUUGGUUUUGUGAGAGACCCAUGUUACUUGGCUGGCCCUGGACCCAGGUCACUCAGUUGUUCAGAAAGAGACCGAGAAGAAAUGCCAUCGCUCCUCCAGCAUCAGGCCCCUGGUUGGCGCAGCUCGGGCUGCAAAGCACUCUAUGGUUCUUCUGUUCUUAGUGACUGUGGGAGGACCCUGGGCCAUCAAAGGCCACCCAGCAGAGCAUCAGGCCCCAGGCCACCGCUGCCUGGAGUGCAAGGGCACUUCCCAGAGGCCAGGACUGCACUGCUGACCCCGCUUAGCUCCCCUCUGCCUUCGCCUGUUCCCUCUAGCUAUGGUGUACAGCUUACAUCAGAUCAGCCAGCUGGAAGGGACUAUCAGGCAGGGCAACAGCCUCUGCCCCCCUAUGCCCAUGCUGAGACCCAGAGAAGCAAUGGGCACCCUCCUGUCCAGCUACCCAGCCCAAUCGGCUGUGAGUUCAACAAAUCAGAGCAUGAGGGAGGAGUAGGAAUGCGGAAGAGGGUCUCCCUGGCUCAGAAGCCACCACCUCUUCAGGCAAAGGGGGCCCAUGUGGCACAGCAGGACAGCCUUCCUGAGAAAGCCUUAUCACCUGAGUUUGCAAACCCAAAGCACUGUCGCAAGCAUCUGAGCCUUCCCAGUUCCUGUAGCACUCCAGACUCUGACACUCUGGGGAGGGUCUCCCUUCGAAUAUCCAAGUCAGGUCUACCAAGUGCCCCUGUGCCUCAGGAGUACGAGGAUGAAGUGUUCAUGAAGGACUUGCGCCCCAAGGCCACUUCCAGCCCAUUUGAAGCUCUUCCUCCACCACCACCUCCACUGAACCAGGAAGUCCCAGUAGAUAGCCCGGAUGAUUUUCCUCUACCUCCUCCCCAAGCUGAAUGUGAGGUGCCGCUGGUCACUGAUGCUUCCGAGGGCCCGGGCCACAGCAGCUCUGGCCAGUUUUCCAGGGUGAACACUGCGAGGGAAAGUCCCGCACAUGCUGCAGCACAUUGGACAGGCAGUCAGCCGCUGCCUCCCAGACCCCAAACUUCUGUCAGAUGUCUGGAGGUCAAUAAGCCUAUCUCACCCUUCUUCAGGAGUAUUCCACCCCAACUGGCAGGGUCUUCUGGUGAGCAGCCAAGCCUGGGGCAACCCUCUCCAGGUCAGCCCCACAGCCUCAUCCGUGAGCCACCUGUGGGAACUCAGAAAAUCGGCUCUGAUCCUCAGAAGACCUCAGAAGAUAUCAGAACAGAGGCUCUGGCCAAGGAAAUUGUGCACCAAGACAGGUCGCUGGCAGACAUUUUAGAUCCAGACUCCAGACUGAAGACAACUAUGGACCUGAUGGAAGGUUUGUUUCCCCAAGAUACUAACUUGCAGAAGGAAGACAGCACCAAGAGGAAGGCCACGCAGAAGACUGUCAGCCAUUCGGCAUGUGACAGCAAGUGGAAUGAAGACAAGGAAGUGCUGGGCAUGUUGGUCAACUGUCCUGCCUACUAUAGUGUGUCUGCUGCCAAGGCUGAGCUCCUGAACAAAAUCAAGGAAAUGCCAGAAGAGGUGAAUGAGGAAGAGGAGCAGGUGGAUGUCAAUGAGAAAAAGGCUGAGCUCAUAGAAAGCCUCACUCACAAGCUUGAGACCCUCCAGGAGGCGAAAGGGAGUCUGCUCAUGGACAUCAAGCUUAACAAUGCCCUGGGAGAGGAGGUGGAGGCUCUGAUCAGUGAGCUGUGCAAGCCCAACGAGUUUGACAAGUACAAGAUGUUCAUAGGUGACCUGGACAAGGUGGUGAACCUGCUGUUGUCCCUCUCAGGGCGCCUGGCCCGCGUGGAGAAUGUCCUUAGUGGCCUUGGUGAAGAUGCUAGUGAUGAAGAAAGGAGCUCCCUGAACGAGAAGAGGAAGGUCCUGGCUGGACAGCACGAGGAUGCCCGUGAGCUGAAGGAGAACCUGGAUCGGAGGGAGCGGGUAGUGCUCGACAUCCUGGCCAAUUACCUCUCAGAAGAGCAACUCCAGGAUUACCAGCAUUUUGUGAAAAUGAAAUCAACGCUCCUCAUCGAGCAGCGAAAGCUGGAUGACAAGAUCAAGCUGGGCCAGGAGCAGGUGAAGUGCCUGCUGGAGAGCCUUCCUGCUGACUUCACUCCCAAGGUCGGGACUCUCGCUGUGUCCCCCGAUGUCCCGAACCAGACAACACCUCUUGGCAGAUGUACUUUCCAUGGUGUGUUUUCAACACUAACCUCUCCACUUUAACCUCUUCUAAAAAUAACCAAAAGAACACCACUUCUCUUGACACUAUUUAAUCUGAAAAAAUACUUCACUACAAACCACCAUUCAAACCAUAUAGGUUAUGGGGUUUUCCUGGAUAAAAGGAAAAUUAGUACUAGGCAGGACUAAGCCUGCUCUUCCCUCUUGCCCUUCAUGAUUGACCUGAGAGCUUGAAUGCUGCUGGAAACCUACCCUUUCUGUUCUCUGUGGUAGAGAGUUCAUGGCACCGUGAGAACGGAGUCGAGUUUAGAUCUUAGCAGGCGGGAGUGAUGUGGGGCAGUGUGUGUCACCCUCAGGAAUGUAUCCACAGCGGCCUUCCUUGCUGCUGGGCAGUGUGUCCUGACAGUAAGAUACAAGUACCAUUAAUGAAGGGUCUGUAACCUAAAGCCUUAAAAAGACAACACACUGAGAAGAGAAUUGUAAAAUCUUGAACAUUGUUGUUAUUUAUAUUUUUAAAAAUGAAAAAGAUCAUUGUGUGCUAACCUCUUUCUUGAUUCUGUUUUAUGGUGGAUGUAGACUAUGAUGUUUAAGCUUUGUGUUUUGUGAGAACCUUAAUGAAGAAUUCCAAAGAUA